UGCACAUAAAAUACCCGGUUUUAACUUUCACCUUAGAGAAGAAAAGAAGAAAAACUUUGACGGAUGGGAGAGAGAGAACAUAAUUCAUCAAGUUCAACAAAAAAGCCACCAACCGACGUAACACUCCAACAACCUGUCUGUCUCCGUCUCCGUUUCAGCACGCGCCGUCUUCACCUCUCCCCCUUGUACUCUAUCAAUUACACAAGGACAUCUCAUUUACCUUCUUUGAACUCUUUUGGUUUCCUGAACCUUUUUUGGAAGUAAACAUUGUACACAUUCAAUUUAGUAAUUGAUGUGGCCCAUAUGUCUGCUAUUCAACAAGAUUCUUAAGACGGGAGAUGAAAGAGAAGUAAAAGAAGAAAAUCUGAAGGUGAUUGAACCGUACCUGUUUCAGAAUUUAUCAUGUAACAUAGAUUCCAAUCCUCCGUCAUUACGGCGCUCACUUUUCAUUGAAGUACCACACAUAAAUCAAAUAUAUACAUGGGAUUGCGGCCUUGCUUGUGUGGUAAUGGUUCUGAAAACUAUCGGUGUCAACAACUUCGAUAUUCAGGCACUGGCUGACCUAUGCUGCACAAAUAGCAUUUGGACUGUUGAUUUGGCAUAUUUGUUACAGAGAUUUUCUGUUACUUUUUCCUACUUAACAGUGACAAUCGGUGCAAACCCAAACUAUUGUGGUGAAUCCUUUUACAAGGAGGAAUUGCCUAAUGAUCUAGUAAGAGUGGAUACGCUGUUUCAGGAUGCAAUGGAGGCUGGAAUUGAUAUACAGUGCAGGUCACUUAGUGAAGAGGAGAUUUCCUUUCUCAUAUUGUCUGGGAAAUAUUUGGCCAUUGCAUUAGUUGAUCAUAAUAAAUUGAGUCAUGCAUGGCAAGAUGUUCAUGUCGCCGGCGUCCUCAGCAAUAACUCUGACUACACUGGUCACUAUGUGUUGAUAUGUGGCUUUGACGCUGGAGCAGAUAUGUUUGAAAUUAGAGAUCCUGCUAGCUCUAGGAAACAUAAAAGGAUAUCGUCAAAGUCUUUAGAAGAAGCUCGAAAGGCCUUUGGUACCGAUGAGGAUAUUCUGUUGAUAUCUUUGGAGAAGAGCAAGAAAGAUCAUCAACCUUCUCCACAUCUCCCCAUCAAUUCCACUACCGAUUCUUGAUUACCUUUCCCUGUUUUUUGUAUAUAUCGCAUUCCUUGUGUAUUUCAUUACUCAAAACUGUAUAGUAGCGAUCCAAUUCAUUCUAAUCUUAUGUAAACUAUGUGUUAUUUUAUCCAAUAAACAUGUCAUUCAAACAA